AUGAACUAUCGCGGCAACAUAAGAGAUGCCUGGCACGAGCUUGAUGCUGAUGGCUCCGGAAAGGCCACGAUUUGUGAGCUGGAUUGGCCAACGGCUGAGGCGCUGGGCAAGUUCACGGCGGCGCUCGCGUCGCGCUUCGGCAGUGUGGAGCAGGCUGCCAAGAACUGGGGCCUGCGUGGCGGUCGCCGGCUUCGAAAAGAGGACUUCCGGUCCCUCUCCAAAGGCCUCCUAGAGCCACGAGAGGCGGACAACAUCUUCCGAAUGAUUUGCUGCCAUGAUACCCUAGCCAGGCCAUCCGUUCGUGCCGAGGACCUCCGAUGGCUCCAGCAGCUGACCCCGUCCCUGCCGCGCGCUGCUGCGAACCGGGUGGAGCCGGGGAUGCUCGCGGUCGAGCAGUCUGAGCUGGAUUUCCAGAUGCCGGGUGCGCUCGCAUCACCAGAAGCUGGUGAUCUGCCCGGCCCGUGGAUUGCCCAGCCCGGCGAGACAAGUCCGAGGACCCCACGCACUCCGCGAAGUGCUUCGCAGCCCCUGGCAAAGAACCAGGAGCCAAAGGACGAAGAAGGGACCAGGUGGACCAGGGAGGACCUCUUCGUCCGACUCUAUCGGGAGGCCAAAGACUUUCACAAGAGAAAGCAGGAGAAGCACGAGAAGGAGGGCCUCUUCAAGAAGCCCGAUCCCAACCUUUCCACCGCACAGAGUGGGAACACUGAACACUUCCAGCGCCUUUACCGACAAGGCCUGGCCCACAAGGCCCAGCUUGAGGAGAAGCGCAAAAGACUCGAGCGCGAGGCUGCCGAGCACUUUGGGAAGCCCCGUGAGCCCAGGAGGGAUGUUCCUUCGUGGCUCCACAAAGCCAAGCCGGACUUGUCGGCAAAGCUGCAGGAGCCUGUAUGGACGAGGCUGCAGAAGCCCCGCGAACCCAAAAGGGAGGAGCCCCCUCCUGUCGUAACUCCUCGACACCUGACGGUCGAAUCCGUUUCAACUGCGGCGUGCCGGGCUGACGUGGCAGCGGCGGCAGCGGAUCGCCUCUACUCGCAGGCCCAGAAGAAAGAGCGGAUGAGGAAGAAGAAGGAUGCCGAGGAUGGGCUGGGGGCCAUUCAGGAGAAGAAGGACAAGGAGCUCAAGCUUACCAAGGAGCGCCAGAACGAUCUGGUGCUGCGGCUGCACCACUAUGGGCAGGAGAAGCAGAAGGAGGCAAUGGAGAAGCGCGAGGUAGCUCGAAAGGCUGCCGAGGAGGAGGUUCGGCAGCUGGCGGACCGGCGCCGCGGCAAGGGCAAGGUGCGGCCGGAGACCUUCUUUCGCUUGCAUCUCGAUGGCUUGCAGAGGGAUGAGGCUCUGGCCGAGCGGCGUCGGAUGAAGGAGAUGGAGGAAGAACACAAGCUGAAGGCCGAGAGCAUCCACUGCAGAGCUGCUCCGAACCCCGACGUCUUCAAGAUGCUUCACUCGUCCUACCGCGCCAAAGAGGGGCGUGUCGUGAAGACUGGAGAGGAGGCCGAGCUUGAGGCUGAGGAGGAGAAUGCCUCGGAGGGCGUUGAGGGGUCGGAGCACUUCGACACCGGAGCCGCGCAGGCCAACAUUGACCUUCUUGCCUGGCAGAGGUCCAGGUACCCUUCUCCGGAGGAUGCAGGCUACGAUGCCGAGCCAGAUCCCAGGGAACCAGCCGAGCGACGCAGAAGCACCGAGGAGGACCGGACCUCCACGUUGCAGGAACUCCGUGAGGCGCGGCGCAGCCGCCAGGUUGCAGCCAAGGAGGUCAACGACUGGAUGGAGACGCAGAAGCGUGAGCUGAAGGCCAGCGAGGAGCGCUUCAGGACGCCGCCGGGCGCCAGCAUCACACCUGGCGACAGGCCGGCGGAAGCAUCCCUACAAGGCGGAUCAGAGGGCGACGAGAGGGCACUCCAAGCGCUCCUGCAGAGGAGACCCGGCUCGGUGCCAGGCGGCAAGCGCCGCUCGGUGGCCGCUGCCCUGCUCUCGAAGGAGCUUUUCGGCUCUGACGACGAGAAAGAGGAGCCACUGCCCUCGCACUCUGUGAAAGAUGAUGAUCCCCUCUGGGGUGCCGUCUCCGACAUCGUCUCCUGGAAGCGGAAGGAUGCAGCAACUUGA